AUGUCUGAUAGAAAUAAACCACAAAAAGAGGUACCACUACAAAUUGUUGAUAAAAAAAAUGGCAAGGUUUACAAUCGUGGGAAAUAUUUAGGAAAAGGUGGUUUCGCAAGAUGCUACGAGCUCAUCGAUAAUAAAAUAGGUGAAAUUGUUGCUGGUAAAGUUGUACCUAAAGCUUUGUUGACAAGGAAGCCACAAAAGGAUAAAAUGGCACAAGAAAUUGAUAUUCAAAAAUCAUUAAAUCAUCCUCAUGUUGUAAAGAUGUUUGACUAUUUUGAAGAUGAUGACAAUGUUUAUAUCUUAUUGGAGCUUUGUCCGAGAAGGUCGCUUAUGGAACUUCACAAACGUAGGAAAACUGUCACAGAACCUGAGGCUCGUUAUUUUACAAAACAAAUAGUUGAUGCUGUCUCAUAUCUUCAUGGACGUAAUGUGAUUCAUCGUGAUUUGAAACUUGGGAAUCUUUUCUUAAGUGAAUUAAUGGAUGUUAAGGUAGGAGAUUUUGGUCUGGCAACUGUUGUUGAAUCUGAUGGAGAAAGAAAAAAAACAUUAUGUGGAACACCAAAUUAUAUUGCACCAGAAAUGCUUGAUAAACGUGGACACAGUUUUGAAGUUGAUAUUUGGGCCAUUGGAUGUAUUCUUUAUACACUUCUUGUUGGAAGACCUCCAUUCGAAACGUUAUCAUUGAAAGAUACUUACAGUCGUAUCAAAACUAACAGUUAUGUAGUUCCACCAAUUGUUUCUUCAGAUGCUAAACAAUUAAUUAAAAAUCUUCUUCAUGCUGAUCCAGCACAACGUCCACAUGUCAAAGACAUCUUUGAAUUUAAUUUUUUUAAGAGGGGAGAUUUACCUGUACGUCUACCAACAUCUUGUCUUACAAUGGCACCUAAAUUCUGUAAUUCACCAGCACGACAAGACAAUAGAUUACCAACUGUUCAACCAGGAAACAUUCAAAGAACUCCAUUAAAUCCAAUGAAUCACCAAACACCAGUAGUUAAAGAACGUGAUGACUGGUACUUGGGAGAAUUAAACAAUCAACUUUGUACCUUAUUUAGUAAUCCUAUAGAAGAAGUUAGUUCAGAAGUAAUGGAUGAAGCACUCCAUCCAGCGUCAACACCGGUUUACUUUAUUUCAAAGUGGGUAGAUUACUCUGAUAAAUAUGGACUUGGCUAUCAACUUUCAGACAAUUCAGUUGGUGUUCUUUUUAAUGAUGCUACAAAAUUGGUUAUUGACGCAGCAGGUGAACAGAUACAAUAUUGUGAGCGUAACAAUUCGGAGUAUUAUUUUACUAUAAAUGAUUAUCCAAAAGCUUUGGAAAAAAAGAUAACACUUUUGAAAUAUUUCAGAAGAUACAUGCGUGAACAUUUGGUCCGUGCUGUUACAACUGCACCUAGGGAGGGUGAUGAACUAGCUCGUUUACCUGUAUUAAGAACGUGGUUUAGAACUAAAGCUGCUAUUGUUCUCCAUCUUACCAGUGGUACAUUGCAAAUAAAUUUCUUUUCUGAUCAUGCUAAAUUAGUUGUUUGUCCACACAUGGGUGCUGUGUCAUUUAUUGGAUCAGACAAAAAUCUUAAGACAUAUAAAUUUGAUUAUCUUUCGAAAGUUGGAUGUGAAGCAUCUCUUCUUCGUAAGAUUCAGUACACCAAGCACAUUGUAGAAAGAAUGUUGAGUCCUAGUCAAAAUCCACCUGGAAACAACAAAAUUGAUUAUACUGCCAUUGAAGCUGCCUAUGCUCCUGAUGUAAGGGCAUAUAAAGUAGUGAAAUAA